GAUCAGUCAGCAGACGAUCCAAAAUGGCCUCCAUGGGAGCAGCGAAAACGAUGCAUACAGUUUUGAGCAAAGGCUGCUUGAUAAGGAAUUCUCUCCCUGCAGCCUAUCAGUUAUCUCGACGUCGGUAUGCUGAUGAGGCAAGUCGUCCAGGUGUUGCCCAGGUGGACAACAUGAUGGAAAUUGGCACCAGACCUAUAUUCAGUGAGGAACAUGACAUGUUCAGACAGAGCGUGAGGAGGUUCUUCCAAGAAGAAGUGAUUCCCCACCAUGCUCAAUGGGAAAAAGAUGGCAAUGUUAGCAAAGAGGUAUGGGAAAAGGCUGGAGCCAUGGGGAUCCUUGGUGUCAACACUCCUGAGAAGUUUGGUGGUGUGGGUGGGGAUGUUCUCUCAGCAGCUAUCACAUGGGAGGAACAGAGUUAUGCUAACUGCUCUGGGCCUGGUUUUGCCUUACAUUCAGACAUCAUAAUGCCCUACAUCACACACUAUGGUACACCAGAACAGAUAGAGAAGUUCGUCCCAAGAAUGACAGCUGGAACAUGUAUUGGUGCCAUUGCCAUGACAGAGCCAGGGGCUGGCAGUGACUUGCAAGGAAUCCGGACCGUUGCCAAAAAAGAUGGAGACGAUUACAUUCUCAACGGCAGCAAAGUAUUCAUCACCAACGGUUACAUGAGUGACCUUGUAAUUGUUGUUGCCAUUACCAAUACAGAAGCGAAAUCAAAAGCUCAUGGCAUCAGCCUCUUUCUUGUAGAAGAAGGCAUGCCAGGUUUCAAAAAGGGAAAAAAACUGCACAAGAUUGGCAUGAAGGCACAGGACACAGCUGAGCUUUUCUUUGAAGAUGUUCGUCUGCCCAAAUCUGCCUUGCUUGGGGGAGAAAACAAAGGUUUCUACCUGCUGAUGAAUGAGCUACCACAGGAGCGCCUUCUCAUUGCUGCCAUGGCCAUGGCCUCUUGUGAAUGGAUGUUUGAGGAGACACGUAACUAUGUCCUUGAAAGGAAGGCUUUUGGAAAGACAAUUUCAAAUUUACAGACUAUUCAGCACAAGCUUGCCGAGAUCAAGACGGAGACAGCAGUGGGACGUGCCUUUGUUGAUCAGUGUCUUGAUAUCCACAGCCAGCGAGGUCUGGACUCCACUAUGGCAUCCAUGGCAAAAUACUGGUGCUCAGACCUUCAGAAUUCUGUUGCAACACGUUGUGUCCAGAUGCAUGGCGGAUGGGGAUUUAUGUGGGAAUACCCGAUCGCCAGGGCUUUUGUUGAUGCUCGAGUACAACCUAUCUACGGCGGCAGCAAUGAAAUCAUGAAGGAACUCAUUGCAAGGACCAUCACCAGCAAAAGUUAAUCAUACAUAUAUGUAUAAACUUUACAGAUCAAUGCAAUUAAAUGAAGAAGUUUGCUUUUCCUCAUUAAUAGAAAUGAGAUAAGGAACAUUGUAUUGAUGACAUUAUUGUCUAUUAUAAAUUAAAUGUUGAUGUAAAUAAUCAUAUCAAAAAUUGUUACAAGUGUAUUUAAUAUGGUUCAAAGAAUGUCAAUAUGUGAUUAAAAAUUUUGUUUGGUGCAGUUUGGUUGCAGAUAUUUGUAAAUGAUGACUUUUUUUUUUUUUUGGAAGAAAAUUAACUUUAUAAAAUUAUGUUCCAUGUAUACUUGCUGUAUGAUGUGUGAUUAGAUAAUAAUAACAAUCUCAGGACUAAUUGUCAUCAAAAAGUUUGAAUCUUCCUUUUUUGCAUCUUUUUGUUACAAUACAUGUACUGCUUUUCUAAAGCAGGCAUUGUUGCAGAAUUAUUUGAAUUUUUUUCUCUGAUAAUGGUACUGUUUGUUGUAGGAAUAAAACAAAAUCGCUUUUUUAAAAACAUACCAACCAAAGACUUUGGCUUUAAUCCUCUUCCAUAUCUGUCUUUAAGAGUUUUAAGAUGUUUAAGAGUUUGCAAGAAUCACCAAAACUAAAAUUUGUGUUUGAAAUAGGCAAUGUAACACAUUAAUAGGAAUAUUAAUUGUCCACUCCCUUUAAAUAUAUUACUAAUUUUUUCAUAAGUUGGUUGUGUGAUAAUGUGGACAAUUAUAAUAUGGCCAGUUAAAAUUUAUUAUCUUGUGUCCAUGUAUAUGGCCCACUAUUCCCACUAUUUUCAUAUUACUUUACAAACAGGUUUUGUGAAAGAAAUUGAACUUUGCUCAUUUGAAAGAAGUUCUUUCACUUAUUUAGAACUACAGCAAGUGCUGUUUUGAUGGGUGUUUCAUACCCAUUAUCUGUAAAAACUUGAUAUCAAUGAUCUGUUUUAACCCUUUCACCAUUGUAGACCAUAAUUGGCUCAACCAGAUCAAUGCAUGGUAGAGUUACUAAAGUUACACAGGGGUGGAAGAGUUAAAGAAUUUAAUUUAACCUAUUUACAAAUAUAUAUGUUGAGUACAUCAUACUUUUGAUCUACAUAUCUAUAUAACUGUUGAUUAAACUACAGAAAAUAG